GCUCCCCCGGCUAUAGCUCCGCCCCCUAGCCAGGUGGUCCCGCCCCCCUUCGCGCCUUAGCCCCUCGGACGCACGGGCCUGUCGGGAAUAAGAGGACGCAUCCCAAGAUGCCGCGAGUGCUGAAGGCGGCGGUGGCGUGCGCUGCAGGGCUUUUUCCCAGACUUCAGACUCCAGUUCCAACAGCGAGAAUGUUUUCCAUGUCACUGUCCUCACAUCAAGUGGCUGGUCCUGUAUGGAACCUGGGUCGACUCAAUCAUGUCGCAGUAGCAGUGCCAGACUUGGAAAAGGCCAAGGCAUUUUAUAAGAAUGUUCUGGGGGCCCAGGUAGGUGAGACGGUCCCUCUUCCUGAGCAUGGAGUCUCCGUUGUUUUCGUCACCCUGGCAAAUACCAAGAUGGAGCUGCUUCAUCCCCUGGGAAAUGACAGUCCAGUUGCAGGUUUUCUGCAGAAAAACAAGGCUGGAGGAAUGCAUCACAUCUGCAUUGAGUUAUUCCCACCUCCAUCUGGAAUAAGAGACUCUGAGAACCGGAUGGGACCACAGCCACCCGGAGAACAUUCAUAUUACACACCUCGGAUCAGAAGGCCACCCAGAAUCGAAACGCUGAAGCACUUCGGAUGCACCCCUGGCUUGACAGACGGGAGAAAGCCAAUCUCGGGGGGCCCUGUCCCCCCGCAUCCCCUGUAGCUGUGUCCAGGCCUGAACGCGGGACGCUGUGCUUCCCAGCUUCCCACCUUCCGGCGCACGUGACCCCUCAGCGCGCUGUGGACGCACGGAGAAAGAAUUAACAUUUCACAGAUGGCCUGACAUCUCUCUCUGCAUAUGUGAUUUACUAGCUUGGUAUUUUAAAUAUGUGAAAUUCAAGAUGCGUGUUACAAUGUAAAACUCUGCUAAGGUGCGCGAGGAAGAUGCAGUGUAUAGUAAAGGCGAGAAGUUAAUGGUCCCCUAGCAACGGUGAAAACCGCGCUCCAGCUUCCCGCAUAAACCUGGCCCUCCUUCCUUCAGCACUGCCGCCUCGGCCGGCCGAGGGCAGCAUCUUCUCCAAGUUGCACGAGCCGGAACCUGAAGACAAAUCCUGGCACCUCCUCCUCCCCCCACCCUCUGCCCCAGUCGGCUCUCCAGUGCGCGUGCUCCCGCGCGAUCCCAGCGAUUACAAAGGCCCCUUUAUUGAGUCUUUCAAACAGCUCUGCACCAUCUGCUGCGCUCCACCCCCUUCGUCUGGGCUCCUCUCCUUGACUGUGGUCCCUACAGUCCGUUCUGCCCUCG